CAGGAGAUAUUCACAUUAUACUUAAACUUCAUUGGUGCCAAUAAAGGUGAGCAGGACUGUAAGUCUGCUGAAAUCUCUUUAUCACUGUCUGACAGAAACAUCAGUCUCAGUACAAACAGACACACAUGAACCAACACUGAAUACAGGAGGAGCUCUGACAUCACUGUAGUUCAGAGAAAGUGAAAGUGAAACUUGAUCUGCAACAAUAUGGACGCCUGAAACGACCAAUCUCUAUAAACAACAGAAUAUUUAGCUGUUUAAAGGUACUUGUGGACACAUCUGAUGCUCAGAGAAAAGUCUUAAAGAGAUAAAAACAAUGGCAGAAUCUUCACCAACAUCAAUAAAAGCAAGAAAAACCAGGAGACGGAGUAUUGACUAUGAUCCUCCAUUAAUGUCAUCCUCCAUCAGUUCACUGUCUGAGGAGAUUCAGUGCUCGAUAUGUCUGGAGGUGUUCACUGAUCCAGUCACGACUCCAUGUGGACACAACUUCUGCAAGAUCUGUCUGAAUAAGUGCUGGAACAACAGCCAGACCUGCAGCUGUCCAUACUGUAAAGAAACAUUCAAGCAAAGACCUGAUCUCAAGAUUAAUACCACACUCCGAGAGCUCGUAGAUCACUAUAAGAAGAAAAGUCCUGAGAAAACAGCUGAAGUUCUGUGUGACGUCUGUGAGGAAAGAAAGCAGAAAGCCCUGAAGUCGUGUCUGGUGUGUCAGAGCUCUUACUGUGAAACUCAUCUGGAGCCUCAUUUGAGAGUGACACGUUUGAAGAAACACAAACUGAUGGAUCCUGUGAGUAAUCUGGAGGACUAUAUAUGUCAGAAACAUGAGAGACCUCUGGAUCUGUUCUGUAGAGAUGAUCAGACACAUGUGUGUUCGAUCUGCUCUGUGACAGACCACAAGAACCACAACAUUGUUUCUGUAGAACAGGAGAGUGAAGAGAAGAAGACUGAACUGAUGAAGACACAGAAAGACAUGCAGCAAAUGAUCCAGAACAGAAUCAAGAAGAUUCAAGAAAUCAAACACUCAGCAGAAGUCAGAAAACGUGCAGCAGCUCUAGAUGGGCCGAUGUGAAGAGAAGGUCAAAGAGAGAGGACUCCUACAGCUGAAUCACUCACGCUGUUUUCAAAUGACUGAUUUGAUCUGAUGGUUUGUGUGGAUUUAUUUACUCUUCUAACCUAUACGCUAUAUUGAAUAAAUGUUUUGCAGUAAUUUUCCUCAUUUUAAAGUUGAAAGCUGCUGGAAUGAGUAAUGUGACGUAUGCGCAAUCCCGCACCGAAAUUCAGGACCUAAUUAAACAUAAUUCUAUUAUACAGAGAAUUGUGAAAUAGAUUUCCAUGACUUUUCCAAAACUUUCUGGGUUUAUUUAUUUUUCCAAAACUUU